ACCACAACUCAGAGAAGCUUGACCCCAUUACACCUAGCGCUGCGCCACUCUCCACCUGCAGGCUAAGCACAGCCAACUCGGUGCUCCACGACCCUGCCUCAUGCUGCAUGUACGUACAUCUGCAUUCCAACUGGUUUUAAUGCCAUCAUCUGCGGUGUUCUCUUUCAAACCUCGCAGUCCAACUGGCACCUCAGAAACAUGGGGUCCAUCCAAAGUAUGUUUCGUUCCAUCUGGCACACUUUCCUACGUGGAUAUCAGCAUAUUCGUGGCUGCAAGUCAACUGAAACCUCGGCAUCCACAGCAUCAUCUGAUCCUCAGGCUUCAUCGGACACGGCGCUGAACACUCCAUCCGAUUCAUCCCAGACGACAUGCAAUUCGUCAAUCACGUUCUCGACAGCCUCUCACAAUGCGCGGCCAUUCCCAAAGAUGCAGACCAUGUCGUCCUUGCAAUUUUUGAAGAAGGCAUGUCCUGACGUGCAUGCGUAUACGCUGGACAUUCUUCAUUCUUCCAUGCGCACGCCCUUUGCAAUUGAGGAUAUAAAACCUCAGAGGAACGGCUUUGUGCACACUAUCCUGGAGUGCUACAACAAACAUCGCGCAUUAAUCAUUCGCCCGGAUGACGUCUGGCUCGCGAUCAUGACGCAAUUCAGUUGCUUUGUCAAUGGAAACGCAGAAGACUUGCGGUCAUUGUUCGUCCUCCACGAGGGCAAGAAGGAAUUGUGCAUGGUGAUGAAUCAGAAGCGAGGAGAAGAGGACUGGGAUCUCGUGGUUCGCACGCUAGUCGCAACCAUGAAUGAAAAGAUACAGGAGAAUGUCAUCGAUCCGGAGCUUCGACAGUGGAUCAUACCGGCAUUUUCGACGACCACUCCUCUUGAUGUCCUCGUCUCUGGGAUGGUGAUGAUGGCCACUGUGAAAGAAUACUUCGAUUUUCGUAUCAUGCUAUGUUGCGGGAUCCCUCGCGUCACUUUGGAAGGAGAGAAGAGCGAUUGGGAGUUUAUUCUCAAUAGGAUUGAGAAGCUCAAAGAAUUCGGCCCAAAAACCAAUGCCUGGUACCACCUCCUGCACCCUGUACUGUCGAGGUUCGUCAAAGCCUUCGAUGAUCCCAACGGUCAGGAGAACUUGGACUUUUGGGGCAAAGUUGCGCAUUACGAGCGCGGAGGAAGCGGGCCAACAUGGCUGUCUGGUUGGAUAACGGCGUUCAUGGUAUUUGAUGAGAAAGGCCAGUGGACGCCGGAUAAACAACGUCGAGAUUAUGAAGAUAGCGAAUUGAUUCUCGAUGGCGUUUCAUAUCCUUUCCUUGAUAGUGACGAGAUUCCUGCUGGGUACGCGCAGGUCGAUGUUACUCUCCAACGGGAGAUUGGUGGAAAGGAAUAUCCAACUGCGCUGACGGCAGGAUUGAUUGGGACGAGGAUAUGCUCCAGCGGUGAUAAGACUCUUUCUGAUGCUGGCGAGAGAGACUCGGCACGACCUGCUAUUGGAUGUUGGUGGGUCUUGAAAAAAGACCCGGAAGCGAAAGAAGAAAACAGCGAUUUGGGUCAGAGCCCCGACAAUUCUGAGUCGUCGGAUGAUGAAGUGUCUGGGGGUGACUUUGUCUUUGGCGCCGAUCCUGUUUCUCAAGAACUCUUUGAAGAAGAAAGCGAUGCAGGCUAUCCUGUCAUAAUAACGCCUUCAAGUUAAUGUAGGGUAGUUGCAAGACGCAUACGAUA